AUGCUCGGGGCAAUUGCACCAUACAUCGGUCGAAUCAGGUUUGUUGAGUUUGGUCAAGAGGGCUAGCCAAAAUGGACCACUUGAAUGGGUGAAAGAUGAAAACUGUCAGAAAUCGAAAAUUUUACUUUCUUUUUUCUCUAGUUCUUUUCAUUUUGAGCUGAAGAUAUUUUUUGCUUUUGAGGUUGGUCAAAAUGGUCUUCGUUUUUUCAGCUUUAAUCGACAAACGUUCGAAAUUUUUAGUGAACGUCUCAGUCAAGAAAAGUGUCCAAAGAACUUCGAAAGAUUAUUCUUCAGAAUCAGCAGUUCAAAAAAUUUAAAAUUUUGGGAGAUUCUUCACGUACAUUAAAUGCAUUCUUAUUAUCGAAAAAAAAUUUUUUGAUUAUUUAUAAACAACCUCUUUUUUUAUCAUAUAAUCCCUAUUAAGAAGAAAAUAAACUGAUAGACCGAUUCAAGCAUAUCUUUUGAUGAAAUAUUGGCUUCAUUCCAAAACCUCUAUCCUUAUGGAAUUCCGACGGAUUUCAGGCGAUCGUACCAGUCGAACGACGUCGUCGACCGCUUGUCGUACCAAUACACAGCGUUGUUGGUGGCUAUUGGAGCCUUGACCCUUGCGGCCACGCAAUACGUCGGCAAGCCCAUUCAGGUUUUCGAACCUUAACUGCCGAAGUUAACGACCUUUCAUUUCAGUGCUGGGUUCCUGCGCAGUUCACUGGCGCCUGGGAGAAGUAAGUUCGGAAGGCAGAAGAAAUACUUGUUUAACUAAUGGACAAGCAAACAUUUUUUUUAUUGAUUUUAUCUUUUCUGACCGUACUGUAUCUUUGAAAAAGUGAGUGAACCAACAUGAUGCGAAACAUUUUUUCAGGUACGCCGAAACGUACUGCUUCAUCAAAGGAAGUUAUUUUGUUCCGAACGAUGAACACCCUGACGAAGACUUCGUCGCUCGUGACGAAGCUGUAAGUUCACUCGUUCUACUUGCAAAUGAUUGAUCUGACAGGUCGUUGGCUACUAUCAAUGGGUCCCACUCAUGCUCGCCGUCCAAGCUUUCAUGUUCUACUUCCCUUGCUUCUUGUGGCAGGCCUUCAAUCCUAGCUCUGGUUCUGAAUGAAAAUUCAAUGCCAGCUUAUUGUAAAUUAUUCAGGAAUCAACGUUAAGGAUGUAUUGGAAUCUGCAGCCAAGGUCAAGAAGAAUGUCCGGACUUCUGAGCGCGAAAAGGAAGUCAGUAAUUAUUUUCGACUUUUUUUUUUUGAAUACUGAAGCUUCACGUUUUCAGGUGUCCAAAGCGGCGUCUCACCUGAUUGAAGCUCUCGAACUUCAAAGAGAACUCAAAACUGGUUGGAUUUUUCCAUUUUUUGCAUUUUCAGAAUAAAAAUCCUUUCAGACGCUGGGUUUAUCUCAAAAAUGCGUAAAUCUGGGAACUUCUUGUCGACCUUGUACCUUUUCACUAAGGUCCUCUACCUAGUCAACAUAUUCUGGCAGGUAAGGAGAUCAAUGCAAACAUAUAAAAAUAUUCAACUCAAACAAUAACAAUGCGUGAAAAAGACGCGACGAAACGAAGAAAUAAAUAUUGCAGUUUCACAUCUUCGCCGUCUUCUUGAACACUUCCAACUACUUCUGGGGAUGGGACACCUUCAUGGUGAGAUUUGAUUUUUUAUGUUGGAAAUGAUGGGUUUUCUGAAAGUUAUUUUGAUUUGAAAGAUUUAUUUCUUCAAGUAAUAAGUUUGAUACAUGACCAAGUUUGAAUGGCACACAAAAAAUCUUCUCGAAAGUUGAGAUUUCUUGUUGGCGAAAAAUAAAAGUCAAGAAAAAGUCAAAAAAAGUGUUCAGAUGUCUAAAAUUUGUGUUAAGAUUGAAUAAGAGUAAAAGCAAGCCGAGGACUUUUUCAAGAAUUUUUUUAUAAAUUCAUUGGAUACCUAAAGACAGAAAAAAAUCAUCACUUACACACUUCAAAUCCUAAUCUUCAGCUAACAUAGUGAAACAAUUCUCAAAUUUAUUUUAAAAAAAGCCGGAAAAUGAUAUCAAAUAGUAGCUUCUAAAAAAGGUUGGAAUAAAUAAACGCGAUAUUUCAACUUGUGAGAGUCGAGACUGUAAAAAAACCGCACAAUCAGUUUUUCAAGUAAAAUAAUGCGUGAGAGAAAAAAGAAAAAGGAAAAAAUCAAUUUUUUUCAGAACAUUACUUCGGGAAUCCAAUGGGACCAGACCGGAUUCUUCCCGCGAGUGACCAUGUGCGACUUCACCGUCCGAGUCCUCGGAGCCUUGCACCGAUGGACCGUCCAAUGCGUUCUGAUGAUCAACAUGUUCACUGAGAAGAUCUACGUGUUCUUCUGGUUUGUUAAUCAGGACAUAUGAAAGAAUCGUUAAGGGUUGCUACAGUUUGAAAAAUCAUAGUCACUGCAACUGAGUUAAUAUGUUAUAUCCAAUCGUGGUGAGAAUAAAAUUCUAAGAUCUGGUCGUAGCGCAACAGGUUGUGAGCCUGUCUACAGUCCACAGGGUCUCAAGUUCGGUCCACGCCUUGACACAACCAUAGGUUUAAGAAAUGUUGGUAGUGGGAAACCACGGCUUCAUAAUCCCCAGCCGUCACACACAAGGGCUGAUAAGUCACUAGAGAAAAUCCACUGAUAAUCACCUAUCAGGAUAGGACCACGGCUAAUCCACUUGGGGCACUGACUUGCAAACAAGCAUCCGAUGAACUGCUAUAGCUGAUUCACGGUUGACUUGAGCCAUCUAAAAAGGGUCCUGGCACGAUAAGAAAAGAGACAGUGUCUGGUUCGUAGAGAGAGCAGACCAGCCACGCCCCUUAGCGUCCCAAGCUCACCGAUUAUAUCGUGAAAUUCGAAUCGAAAAGCCACAGGAAUAGUCUAAAAGAAAAAUAUUUAUCUUGAUCUGAAGUGUAAAUAUUCCAGGUUCUGGUUCCUGCUCGUUGGCGUGAUCACGACCUUGUCUCUCGUGUACUGGAUCUUUGCUCUGGCAUCGAAAUCCUCGCGCAGACAGUUCGUCUCGAAGUACUUGCGCUGCAUGAAUUUGGUUUCUCUGCACCCGAACAAGGAGGAAAAUCGCUACAUCGACAGCUUCGUCAACAACUUUGUCACCGGCGAUGGAGUCUUUCUUCUUCGUCUGAUCCAGGUUUUUCUAAAUUCGCUCAUGAAACGUGCUUAGUAUUUUAUUUCCGCGAUAACUAUUGAAAAAGUUUUGAAAAAUGCCCAUUCGAUUUACAGACGAACGGAGGAGACCUUCUUGUUAGCGAAAUCGUCGCUUCCCUCUUCCGCGAGUACAUGAAGCGCCACGACCGCGAGGUUUUCGGCGACAGCCCCGACACGACGGCGACGAUGCCCCGUUAG